CAGUUCUCAUUUCUCACUUCCCAGCUCCCCGAGCCGUCAUUCCAGUUCGAACUUUCAUCACUUAAACUUCUCUCACAAGCAAUAAAAAAUGUCUGGACGUGGAAAAGGAGGAAAAGCUAAGGGCAAGUCAAAGACACGUAGUAACCGGGCUGGGCUUCAGUUCCCCGUUGGUCGUAUCCAUCGUCUUUUACGUAAAGGAAAUUAUGCUGAACGUGUUGGAGCUGGUGCACCAGUUUAUUUAGCUGCCGUCAUGGAGUAUUUAGCUGCUGAGGUACUCGAGUUGGCUGGUAACGCCGCACGAGACAACAAAAAAACCAGGAUCAUUCCAAGACAUUUGCAGUUGGCAAUCCGUAACGACGAAGAGCUGAACAAAUUAUUAUCUGGUGUUACCAUCGCUCAAGGAGGAGUUUUACCCAACAUCCAGGCUGUACUUUUACCUAAAAAGACAUCAACCGGUGGUGGGUCUAGUAGUAAAGGCGACAAGGCCUCGCAAGAAUAUUAAGUAAAUCAAUUAUGAUUAAUGCUGUUGAUUAAGGAGCUGCUCAGCUCAUUCAUUUUAAUUCUGUCCUGUUUGAUAUAUGUUUCUGUCUUGUUUCUUUUAAAACACAUGUAGAUCAUUUAUUUAAUCAUAUAUAUUUUUUUACUUUGAAUGGUUGAUGCUAUCUAUUUUUUUAAUAAUUAAUUUUUACUUUGUAUCAUUGUCAUGAUUUAUGGUGUAUUUAAGACUGUAUAAUAACUAUUUAUAUACAAUGUAAAACUUUCAAUAUCAUGUUUUAAAUAAUAAAGCUAAUUACAUUUAA